UCAAUGUUGGAAGACAUACAAAUAUACAGGAUGAAGAGGUGGCAAUCUAAAAGAGAGAAGGUGGAAAAAAUGGAGGGGCAGAUUUGUCCUAAAAUAAACACCAGGCUACAAGAAGAAUCCAAAAAAACUAGAUACUGGAUCCCAAGUUCUGCAGGGGGGAAAGUAUUUGAAGUUUCACACCUUUCAGUGGUAGGUGACAAGUAUGCUGUCAACCUAGACACCCAAGAUUGCAGCUGCAGAAAGUGGAUGAUAAUUGGCAUCUCAUGCUGCCAUGCACUUGCUGCCAUCAGGUUCUUGAACUUGAAUGCAAAAGAUUAUAUCCCUCUAUGUUUCAGGAAAUCAAGUUAUGAAGAGAUGUACAACUCCAUUAUCUUCCCUAUCAAUGGACAAAACAUGUGGCCCACCACUGAUUUCCCAGAUGUCAUGCCUCCAUAUAAAAGGAUUAUGCCUGGGAGACCAAGGAAAAAUAGAAGGCUGAAACAAUGGGAGUUGAGGAAAGAUGACACGCAAUUACGAAAAGGUGGCCAUAGAAAAAGAUGCAAAGUUUGUCGUGAACUGGGGCACAAUAGAAAACAUUGCCCAUAAGUGCCUACACAAGUACAUUCCUCACAACCAACUGAUGCUCCUCCACAAGCAACCCAGCCAUCUCAAGAACCAACUUUUGCUCUUCCACAACCAACCCAACCAUCUCAAGAACCACCAAUUGUGCAGUCUGAAAACCUAGUUUAAUAUAGCUUUUAAUGUAGAUGUAUUUUGGUGUUUAAUUUUGUACUUUCAUGGUUGUUAUUUUGUACGAUUGAUUAGCCAUUUUUGGAUUAUUUGGA